GGGUCAGAAAAAAAUAUGUUGGUUCCAUUAGAAUAAAUCUUGGUAAGAAUUUCCCCAGACAAUCAUUACAGAAUUCCAUUUUUUGUUUUCGAUACAGAAUUUGAGUGUUCACAGGCUAGUAGCCCUAAGUCAACUAUGUCCAUUUUAUAACCGAAGUCUAAGAAGAUUAGUUCUCAUUCUCCAAUAUAGAGCUCGCUUCUGUGACUCUAUUUUUUCCAAAGGGCAUCGGAGAUGGCUGGUGGAUCUUUUGCUCCGGCCGGCGUGGCUAAGGAGAGAGCAGGGCAGUAUCAACGGACAGUCACCUGUUAUGUCAUCGUCGCCUGCGUUGUUGCAGCCGUAGGUGGCUCACUGUUUGGUUAUGACAUUGGAAUAUCAGGAGGGGUGACAUCAAUGGAUGGAUUUCUUGAAAAAUUCUUCCCCACAGUUUACAGAAACAAAAAUCGUGCGCAUGAAAACAACUACUGCAAAUACAACAACCAAGGCCUAGCAGCAUUUACAUCUUCUCUCUAUUUAGCUGGUUUGGUUUCAUCUAUUGUGGCAUCUCCCAUUACACGGAAAUAUGGGCGUCGGGCGAGUAUAAUAUGUGGCGGGCUUAGCUUCAUUGUGGGAGCAACUUUAGAUUCUUCUGCAGUAAAUCUGACGAUGCUUAUAUUGGGUCGAAUCAUGCUUGGCUUUGGCAUCGGAUUUGGAAAUCAAGUUUUGGUAUGUUCAGGCUUGGCUCAAGUUGAUUGUCACGUGAUCAAGCUUGGAGUAUUGUUUAAGAUUGGCUCAAAGUUUAAAUUAUAUGCUCAGGCAGUUCCACUAUAUUUGUCAGAGAUGGCACCAACCCAUCUUCGAGGAGGACUGAACAUGAUGUUUCAAUUAGCAACAACACUCGGAAUCUUCACGGCAAACAUGAUUAAUUAUGGAACGCAGAAGCUCGAACCAUGGGGAUGGAGGCUCUCCCUAGGCCUGGCUGCAGCGCCCGCAUUCUUAAUGGCAGUCGGGGGACUACUACUUCCAGAAACACCUAACAGCUUAAUUGAACGUGGAUCAAAAGAGAAAGGAAGAAAAAUUCUGGAGAAAAUCAGGGGGACUGAGAACGUGCACGCAGAGUUACAAGACAUAGUUGAUGCAAGUGAGCUUGCCAACUCGAUUCAGCAUCCGUUUAGAAACAUCCUUGAAAGGCAUAAUAGGCCACAAUUGGUCAUGGCAAUCUUCAUGCCAACAUUUCAGAUUCUCACAGGCAUAAACUCAAUUCUGUUCUAUGCCCCUGUCUUGUUUUCAACUAUGGGAUUUGGGAGAAAUGCUUCUCUCUACUCUUCAGCAUUGACUGGAGCAGUUCUGGCUUCAUCAACUGUAGUGUCUAUUGCUACCGUUGAUAGAUGGGGACGAAGAGCUUUAUUAAUUGGUGGAGGAAUACAAAUGAUUAUAUGUCAGGUCAUAGUUGCAAUUAUUUUGGGGGUCAAAUUUAGCGGUGACAAGGAGCUCUCAAAAGGCUUCUCAGUAUUGGUGGUGGUUGUGAUCUGCCUCUUUGUUGCAGCGUUCGGAUGGUCAUGGGGGCCACUUGGCUGGACAGUUCCCAGUGAGAUAUUCCCAUUAGAAACCCGAUCAGCAGGACAAAGCAUUACAGUUGCUGGUGUCCCCAUUGAAGAGAUGGUGUUCCUGUGGAGGAAGCACUGGUUCUGGAAGAAGAUUGUGCCUAGUUAUCCAGAAGAUAAUGAGAGUAAUACUAACAACAACUCAGCUUCUGUUGCAAUCACCGAGCACAUUCACUAA